AUGCCACUUCGAAUAACUUCCGCCCCCGUCUCCGGAAUCAAAAAGCGAAAAGCACCCACCUCUACACGCUCCCGCCCUUCCCCCUUCGCCAGCCAUGCGCGCAGCAAACCAAGCGUCCGCUGUCCUGGCGGCAGUGGCAGUGGCCUGAAGAAGCCGCACGACGACGACCCAGACCUUGCCUACGGCCCCCUCCCAGACCUCGGCCUCUCGCGCCACGUCGCCGAAACCGCACCCGUCGAAAGUGUCCUCGAUGCGCUGAAAUAUGUCCGCAAUAAAAUCUUCGAAGACCUCCCCGCGCGCGCGGGGAUGAACAGCACGCGGAUCGCGCAGGUGCUGAAUUUCCGGCGCUCACUCCCGCCGCUCGUCUCCGUUGCGCAUGUACAUACGCUUCUCGAUGCGCCGACGAAGGUCGAGAGAGAGAUCAUGGAGCUUGCGAUUGCCGGCCGGAUCCGGAGGCUGAUUGUUCCUGGGCGCGGGAAUGAUGCGGCGGGACUGGGUGAUUGCCUCGUGUUGACGGAGGACUGGGAGAGGCUUGUGCGGGAGAGUAGUGUGCUCGACUCGGAGCUCAAGGAGAAGUUUCUGACUGUUCUCGGACGCAUUGGGAACACGUGCGCUAUACCGGGGACGGCGUUCUCGGCGCCGGAGUAUACGGCUCUUGUGAGGGGUGGGUUUAUCGUUUCGUCGUCGUCGUUGGCGAAGGGGAUGGUUAGUGUCCCCUCGCUACCGGAUCUACCCAUCACAACGAAUAGCAUGGCCGGGGCGGCGAGUCGGACUGGCUCUGGAAAUCCACCAAGUGAACCUGGACGUACCGCUCAAUCACAAUUCCACACCGCAACGCUCUUCCUCUCCCUUCCAAACACAGGUCCAUACCUCAAACUUCUCGGCGCAGGACGAGACCAUCUGGUCUCACUACUGAAGAAGUCCAAGUCGGGUGAGGUACCCCUCUACCUCCUGCGUGACCGAUGGGACGGCGCAGUCGAGUCUGAGCGAAGCUUUAGUGUUGCGAAAAGGGCCAGAGGCGAGUUCGCUGGGAUUCUCCCCGGCAAGACGAAGAAGUGGAAGGAUCUCUAUGGGAUGAGCUUUCGGUGGGUUCUGGAGGAGGCGAUUGGGGCUGGGUUGAUUGAGAUUUUCGAUACGGGGAGUGUUGGGCCCGGGGUGCGGGGUUUGUGA